GGACAAGAUGACGUCCACGUGUACAGUACACUAUCCUACUUCAAUGUCUAUCUGAAAUCCCACAUUACCAUUGUUUGUUGUAUUAUGCGACUCAAUUCAAACUCCUAUCCACACAACACACCUAUAAAAUGAGGACACUAUUCAGCAUAUUCCCAUUACUCCCAAAAUCCUCAAAUCUCGUAAUCUCCCCAAACUAAGGGGAGGAUAAAGAAAAUAUAAAUAAAAAAAUAAAUAAAACAAAAAGAUAGACAACGAAAACACAACUUUUUUCUUUUUAAAAAUGGUCGUCGAGAGCCAAUCGGACCUCCGGUCGCCGCUGUUCGGGCCGGAGGAUGAGGCCCGAUGGAAGCCCGAACCGGUCGAGAGGCUGUGCAUCGACGAGAUGCUGACGAGGCACUGCGGCGAGUUCGGGCCGUGGCAGCUGAAGCAUUUCUUGCUGACUAGCAUGGCGUGGGCGCUGGAGGCCUUCCACACGAUGGUGGUGAUUUUCGCCGACCGGGAGCCGGCGUGGCGGAGCUCGGUGGCCGGGGUUAGGAGCCUGUGCGGGCUCGAACCGGGCUCGUGGGAGUGGGUCGACGGGCCGGGCUCGUCGACAGUGUCUGAGUUCGGGCUGAUUUGUUCGGAGAAGUAUAAGGUGGGUUUGGUGCAGGCCUUGUUUUUCGCCGGCUGUAUGAUAGGCGCCGGAGUUUUCGGCCACCUUUCCGACUCCAAACUCGGUCGAAAAGGCUCCCUCUCGGUUGUUUGCCUCCUCAAUGCUAUCUUCGGAUGCCUCACGGCCCUCUCCCCGAACUACGCCGUUUACGCCGUCCUCCGCCUCCUCACCGGCUUCAGUACCGGCGGCGUCGGCCUCUGCUCUUUCGUCCUCUCCACCGAGCCCGUGGGCCCCACCAAGCGCGGCCUCGCUGGAAUGUCGACUUUCUACUUCUUCUCUGGCGGGAUCGCCGCCCUCGCCGGAAUCGCCGCCUUCUUCACUGCGUCCUGGCGGACCCUCUACGUCGCCACCUCCCUCCCAUCCCUCGCCUUCCUCCUCACCGUCCUCCCGUUCGUCUCCGAGUCCCCCCGUUGGUGCCUCAUCAGGGGCAAAAUCGUCCAAGCGACAAAUAUCAUGCGGAGCAUCGCCCGGGACAACGGGAGGCCCAUGCCGGAUAACGUCGCCCUCGCCCUCGACGAGGACAAAAACGGGAACUCUGGGUCAGAGAAAACGGGCUCCUUGAUCGACGUGGUCCGUUCGCGCGUGACGCGCACCCGGCUCUUCUUGGCUGUGAGCAUCAACUUCUUUUGCUCGGUCGUGUACUACGGGUUGAGCCUCAACGUCGUGAACCUUGGGACGAACCUCAACCUCAACGUGUUCCUCAACUCGGUGGCCGAGAUGCCGGCUUACUUGUUGACCGCGCUCUUGUUGGAUAGGUUCGGGAGGAAGCCGUUGAGCGUCGGGACCCAGUGGUUCAGUGGGGCGUUCUGUGUAAUCGGGUUUUGUCUAAAAGGUUACGGGGUGUGGAAGACGGUGAGGAUGGUGUGUGGGAUAUUGGGGAUAUUCGGGAUGGCCGCGACGUACAAUUUGUUGUUCAUUUACACGGUGGAGCUUUUUCCGACGGUGGUGAGGAAUGCAGCAUUGGGGUCGGCAACCCAAGCAGCCCAGAUGGGCGCCAUAUUGGCGCCGUUGAUCGUGGUGCUUGGGGAGCGAGUCCCGUUUGUGGUGUUUGGGGCUUGCGGGAUUGCGGGAGGGGCUCUGGCGUUGUUGCUGCCGGAGACGCUAAACCGGCCGUUGUACGACACGAUGGCCGGGAUGGUGGAGGGGGAAAGUUGUGUCGCGUGAUUCGCGGUGGGUCCCCCCUCCCUUUUUCUUAAUUUCCUUUUAAUUUUAAAUUGUUGUUUAGUUUUGCAGUUAGCUAGUUGAGACAACUAAUAAAAUGGAUGAUGUUACAGUGACAUAAAGAAUGACAUAAACUCGGACAUAAUAAAAUUUGUCACAAGAAUGACCCAUCACAUUUCAAAUCAAUAACCGUGAAUAAACUUUGACAUAAUAACGCAUGUUCGUGUUUUUUUACAUAUCGCAUCACCCACGUCACUUUUGGUUAUCCAUUAUGUCAAUCUAUUAUGUUGAAAGAAUUCCGUUAUUUCGGUCCGCUACGCAUCCACUCUGUUGCGAUUUGAGGCGUCUCUUUGGUUAGCUUUAUCUUUUCCGGUGGGGCUUUCGAGGGGGUCCUUGGGUCUCUGUCUGCAGACGGGUCAGUGACGGUUUUGGGGAAGGUGCGGGUCGAAGGGUGGGGCAAGGCUCCGUCUGCUGUGAUGCAAGUCGGAGUUGAGGGAUCGAACUGCUUUCACUCCCUGUUCCUCUGGUGUUCCUCUGGUGUUGGG